AUGGAACUCUUGUGUUUUAUAGACGAUUUUGCAGAGGAAGAGGAGGUGCAGUCCUUCGGUUACAAGAGAUUUGGUAUUCAGGAGGGAACCCAAUGUACCAAAUGUAAAAAUAACUGGGCACUGAAGUUUUCAAUCAUAUUACUCUAUAUUCUGUGUGCCUUGCUAACCAUCACAGUAGCCAUUCUGGGAUACAAAGUUGUGGAGAAAAUGGACAGCGUUACAGGUGGCAUGGAGACGUCACACCUGCGAUACACCGAGAAACUCACAGAGGUGGAGAGCGGCCUCAAGAAAUUAGGGGACCAGACGGGGCAGAAGGCCGUGAGCACCAACUCGGAACUCUCCGGCUUCAGGUCCGACAUCCUGGACCUGCGCCAGCAGCUCCGCGAGGUGACGGAGAAGACCGCCAGGAACAAAGACACCUUGGAGAAGCUACAGGAGAGUGGGCUCGCCCUGGAUGACAGGCAGAACCGGAUGAAGGAAACCCUGGAGAACAACUCUUUUCUCAUCACCGCGGUCAACAAGACCCUCCAGGCGUACAACGGUUACGUCAACAACCUGCAGCAAGACACCAGCAACCUCCAGGCCAACCUGCAGAGCCAAAUGCAUUCUCACAACGUGGUCGUCAUGAAUCUCAACAACCUGAACCUGACCCAGGCGCAGCAGAGAAACCUCGUCGGCAUCCUGCAGAGAUCGGUGGACGACACCAGCCAGGCCAUCCAGCGAAUCAAGAACGACUUCCAGAACCUGCAGCAGAUCUUCCUCCAAGCGAGAAAAGACACCGAUUGGUUCAAGGAGAAAGUGCAGAACCUGCAGGCUCUGGCCGCCAACAACUCCGCCCUGGCCAAAGCCAACAACGACACCCUGGAGGACAUGAACAGCCAGCUGAACUCAUUCACCGGCCAGGUGGACAACAUCACGGCCGUCUCCCAGGCCAACGAGCAGAACCUGAAGGACCUUCAGGACUUCCACCGGGAUUCGGAGAACAGGACGGCCGCUAAGUUCAACCAGCUGGAGGAGCGGUUCCAGUUCUUCGAGUCCGACAUCGUCAACAUCAUCAGCAACAUCAGCUACACGGCUCACCACCUGAGGACUCUGACGAGCAACCUGAACGACGUCAGGACCACUUGCACGGACACCUUGACGAAACACACGGACGACCUCACGGUGCUGAACGAUUCGCUGGCCAACAUCCGUUUGGACUCCACCUCGCUCAGGAUGCAGCAGGACGUGAUGAGGUCGAGGUUGGACGUCGAAGUGGCCAAUCUGUCGGUGAUCAUGGAAGAGAUGAAACUGGUGGACUCCAAGCAUGGUCAGCUCAUCAAGAAUUUCACAAUUCUGCAAGGCCCUCCCGGUCCAAGGGGACCCAAAGGUGACAGGGGCCCCCAAGGGCCUCUGGGCCUCACGGGAAACAAAGGACAGAAGGGAGAGAAGGGAGAGGCCGGGCCUCCGGGGCCCAUUGGUGAGAAAGGACUGGUCGGGCCCAUAGGACCUCCAGGGGAAAAAGGAAGCAAGGGCUCCAGAGGCUCCCCGGGCUCGAAAGGCCAGAAAGGAUCCACUGGGAAGACGGGCCUACCAGGGCCGAGCGGAGACCCCGGCCCACCGGGCCCCGCCGGCAAAGAUGGUCCUCCCGGCCCUCAGGGCCCACCGGGAUUCCAAGGACUUCAGGGAACUGUGGGAGAGCCCGGUGUGCCUGGACCCCGGGGCCUUCCCGGACUUCCAGGCGUACCAGGCCUACCUGGGCUCAAGGGCCCUCCCGGCCCCCCUGGCCCGGCCGGAGUCGUGGUCCCUCAAGCCUUGCAGAGAGAACCAACCGUGGCACCGGAGGAAAAUGGGUGUCCUCCUCACUGGAAGAAUUUCACAGACAAAUGCUAUUAUUUUUCAACCGAAAAAGAAAUUUUUGAUGAUGCGAAACUAUUCUGUGAAGAGAGGUCUUCACAUCUGGUUUUCAUAAACACGAGAGAGGAGCAGCAAUGGAUCAAAAAGCAAAUGGGUGGAAGAGGCAGCCUCUGGAUAGGCCUCACGGAUUCAGACCGAGAAGGCGAGUGGAAGUGGCUGGACGGGAGCGCUCCGGAAUUCACGAACUGGAAAAGCGGGCAGCCGGAUAACUGGGGCCGAGGCCAUGGGCCUGGGGAAGACUGUGCCGGAUUAAUCUACGCCGGCCUCUGGAAUGACUUCCAGUGUGAGGACAUUAACAACUUCAUUUGCGAAAAAGAUAGGGAGACAGCCCAGUUUUCUGUGUUGUAAUAGCUGUGAAAUACAGACAAGCACAAGUCCUGGAGGUUCCCGAAAGCAGAUACUUUUUGCUGAUUGGAUCACCUUCCCAUCACAUUGAGAAAGAAAGCACUGAACAUUUGUUCCAAGGAAAAUUUGACAGCGAAUCUCUCUGACCUUCCACCAUUGUCAAUGACUUGUGACCUUUUCCUGUUCUCAGAGCCUGCGAUUGGAGAGUGCAGAUGGACUGGACCAAAUACACUUUUCUCUAUGAGUAACUGCACAAGUAUGCAAGGUCUAACUUCAGAAAUAUGGAAUAUUUCAGUCUUAUUCAAAUGGCUGGCUACUCAGCUCUAGGAAAAGCUUAUCCACCUACUGUUUAAACAGUACACUUCAUUUGCUAAAAUCCCAAAUGUAGGAAAAUUAU